UAGGUCAGGCUGUUGAGUGGCCGGUCAUUUUGACCUGGUAGAACAAAAGAAUAUAGGGAUCAGUGUGUCCUGAAUAGCUGGGGCAGAUACUCAUACCAACCCACUCAGGCAGCUGAUUCGAAUUAGUUCAAGAUGACGUUCUGGCAGGAAAACUACCAUUUCAUCAAGGAUGUAUACGACAUGCGCCACCAGAAGAUGGCUGAGUGGAUGGAGAACGUUGAGAAGGCCAUUGCUCGUAUCAUGGCUGACAAGGUAUACACGUCCGCUGAGUUCAAGAGGGAGAGAGACAACUUUCAUGCUCUCUGCAAAGAUCUUGAGAGAUCUGAAGUAAAGAAAUGGCUAGCCCAAAUUCUUGAAAUACUUAUGGCCGAGAGAGCUAAAGAUCAGAAAAGGGAUGAAUUGGAGAAACUUGAUAUUACCAUUAAAAAGCAUGAAAAUCUCAUUCCCACUGUAAUGAAAACUCAGGUUAUGGUAGAUCUUUACUGGAAAUGUUAUGCCUAUGGAGAUGAGUUAAAACCACAUAUUGAAUUCCUUGAUGGAAUUAUGCUCUCCUCUACUCGAGAUAUUGCUCCAUCUUGUGUUGAGAAUGUUGAUGAACUCAUUGAAAGGCAGGAGAAGUCUCUUGUACAGCUUGAGACUAAACGAGGUGUUGUAAAAGAUCUAAUUGAGAAAGGAAAAGUUCUUCUUCAGAACCCUGACAAACCAAGAUUCCUUGAUUCUCAUGUUCAAAGAAUUGAAAUAGGUUGGGAUGAUACUAAAGAGAAAGCGCAGGACAGACUCACACUUCUUAAUAAUACAAAAGCUGCCUGGGAAGGUUACGCUGAUGGUAAUAUAAAAAUUGCAGAGGAAUUUGAUAAAUGUGAAGAAGAAACUAAGAAAGUAAAGAAACGAUUCAAUCUUGAAGCUGCUUUUGAAGAUCUGGCUAGAAGACAGGAGAUUUUUAACAAAACAAAAGAAACAGUCCAUGGAAUGUUUGAUCAAUUAAAAACUGAUUAUAGCACCAUGUGCCUUACUUUGCCUGAUGAUAAAAAACAACAGCUUAAAAAAGAACUUGUACCAGUUGAAGAAAAAUUAGCACUGGUCAAAAUUUUUGAUGAGAAAGUUCAAAAGAUUUCAGAAUUUUGCAACUCCCUUAAAAACUUUGACAGUUCUCUGAAGACAAUUGACAGCUGGAUGGUUGGUGCUACUAAGGAGCUGGAAGAUAUCAAAUUAUCAAGUGAUAAGCUUACUCCUGAAGACAGAGUUUCAAGAACCAUGGACCUCCAAGAAGACAUUGCUGCCAAGGUUCAAAUAAUCAACAAAAAUGUUGCUGAUGAACUUGAACUCCUUCCUCAAGGAGACAAGGUCCCUCAAGAUGCUCAAGAUUUUAAGGAUGAGCUUAACAGAAUAAAGAAAUAUGUUCUUGACUUAAAAGAAAAAACUAUAAAAGAAUGCAACAGCUACUCUGAGGAUGUUAAGUAUUGGGCAGAGUAUAGAACAGGUAUUAAGGAAUUUGUUCCUUGGCUGGAACAAGCCGAAAAAGCAUCAACUUCAGGAUUGGUCAAACCUACUAACUUAACUGAAGCAGAAGCAUUGUAUCAGAAAUCUUCUACAUUUACCAAUAGUUGUGAGAGUCACUUAAAACUGCUGAAUGCUGCCAAUGAAGCUGCUCAAAAGAUGACAUCUCAUAAAGAGUCUGACGAGGAAGUGGCCAAAUUGAAGUUAAGGUAUGACAAAGUCAAAGCUGUAUCUGAUGAAUGGAUGAAAAAGGUUGACACACUUGUGAAAGAAUGGAAACUGCUAGAUAACACUGUAUCUGAACUGAAUGCAUGGGUUGCCAAGGAUAAAACAGCUGAUGGGGAAAACCAGUUUUCAUUGGAGAAAAUGGAGUCCACACUUGGCGAACUUAAAAAUAUCUUUAAACAGAAAGAAAAACUUGUCGAGAAUCUGUAGGCUGCAAUUAUUAUAUGAUGCAAGAAGAGGCUGAUUGAACUCAUAUGCAGAUUUUAAAUUUUUAUGAUUUACUUUAUGUUUUGAAAUUACAUUAAUUUUAGUGGCUUUAAGAUGCAAUAAAAAAAGUGAAAUACAAGGUGUAUACUAUUAAAAGGUUGUGUGAUUCCCUGUAAACCCCUUUCAGUAAUUAUCUGAUAAUUACUUACUUCCAACUUACUAAUUUUAUCUUUACUUUAAUUAAAUUCUUUCUAACCUUG